AUGCCCGUUUUCAAGGAGGCCUGUGGUGCAUUUGCGGACAACAAUUAUAUGCCCACCCUAACGGCUCAGGCAAGCAAUCUACAGUUCUUUGGCGACAAGAGCGCAGGAGUAUUUGAGCAAUUACACUUCGAGAGCUGCUCCAAAAACACUGAUGAUUAUAAUGCCAACCACUUUCCUCUCCUCAUCUUCGAACCUGCUAUUGGCACGAGUCGAUUUGUGUACAAUCAGCUCGCUCGCCAGCUGAGUGCGAAUGGGGCUCAUGUCGUCACCAUCGAUCACCCCAACGAUGCGCCCAUCGUUGAAUUUACUGGCUUGGAUCCCAUCCAGAAAGAUGGCGCCGUCACUUUGGAUGCCUUUCAAGUCAACAGGCCUGUCAGCAAUAUCGAAACCAAGAAGGCAAUUGAUACGCGCAUCGCUGAUGUCAAUUCUGUAAUUGAAGAGUUCGAAAAGGCCGACACGCUUCCAAAGAUCUUCCCCAACUUCACCUUUACGGAUGGUAACACGAAGGUACCGACACAGCGCCUUUUCAUGCUUGGACAUGGUCUCGGUGGCUCCGUUGCAACCUCAAUGGGUUUUAGUGACAAACGUGUCGAAUGGACAAUCAAUCUUUCCGGAUCCACACCUGUUAUCACAGAAGACGUCUUGGCAUACACCAUCUUCUUUGGCCGCGAAAAUUACACUAGCGAGAAUGACACGGCCUGGCAAGAGACCAAGAAGCAUAUCGCUGGUCCGCAGGUGGAGUGGACCUAUAAGCAGGCUGACCAAUUUGACUUUAGCGACCUUCCCCUCGUCUCCCAUCUUGUUGAUCCAAAUAAGAAAGCCAAGGGCCUCGGGACGCCUUACGAGAAAAUGGACCCAAACGAUCCAACCGCCACAUUCCGCGCCGUGAGCUGCUUCCUCGAGGCGUACUUCCGCGAUACUGUAAUUCCAGGAUGGUCCGUCGAUCCACGGUUGCCAGGAGAAAGCCACAACGCUGUUCAAAAGUGCCUUGGGUGGUUCGGUGGCGCCAUGAAACCCCAUGUAGCGGACAGCAGCCGAGCUUCAAAGAAGAGUAAUUAG